AGGGAUUUGUGUAGAGUAGCGGAACCAGUUAUCGAAGAGGAGAUUGGACCCAACGCGGCCUUUUGGAUUGUCUCAUGCAAAGGAAGCGAAAACGCCUCCCACGAGGUAGAUCGGUCGUACUUUUGCCAGCGGGGAGUCUUGUAUUUAGGCCAUGAAAGCUUAGAAUAGAUUUUGGGCUUUGUUAGUUGGGAACAAGACAAACAAGAGACCGGGAAGGAAUCGAGCAUUAACUGCGAAAGGCCAUGGCCUACUCCAGCUAUAGCAACCUGAGCAGAGCUCAACUUACCUUUGAGUACCUGCACACUAAUUCGACUACUCACGAGUUCUUAUUUGGCGCCUUGGCAGAGCUAGUGGACAAUUCAAGAGAUGCCAAUGCUACACGAAUAGACAUCUACACAGAAAAGAGACCUGAGCUGCGUGGGGGUUUCAUGCUGUGUUUUCUGGAUGAUGGCAUCGGGAUGGACCCGAAUGAGGCGACACAUGUGAUUCAGUUUGGAAAAUCAAACAAACGCUCUCCGGAGUCCACGCAGAUUGGCCAGUAUGGAAAUGGAUUGAAAUCGGGAUCCAUGAGAAUUGGAAAGGACUUUAUCUUGUUCACUAAAAAGGAAAAUGCACUGACUUGCCUUUUCCUGUCAAGGACUUUCCAUGAAGAAGAGGGACUUGAUGAGGUGAUAGUACCCCUCCCCUCCUGGGAUAUGAGGACCAAGGAGCCGCUGACUUCUGAUCCGGAGAAGUACGCCAUAGAGACAGAACUCAUCUUCAAAUACUCCCCCUUUAAAAAUGAGCAGCAGCUCAUGGAGCAGUUCAACAAAAUAGAAAGCAGCAGUGGUACCCUUGUAAUCGUAUAUAAUCUGAAGCUGAUGGACAACGGAGAACCAGAGCUGGAUGCUGAUGCAGAUCACCAGGACAUACUGAUGGCUGGUACACCUGUUGAAGGAGUUAAGCCAGAAAAGAGGUCAUUCAGGGCAUACACAGCUGUUCUGUACAUCGACCCACGCAUGAGGAUUUUCAUCCAGGGGCAUAAAGUGAGAACCAAGAGACUCUCCUGCUGUCUCUAUAAACCAAGGGUUUAUAAAUAUACAUCUACACGCUUCAAAACCCGGGCAGAGCAAGAAGUAAAAAAAGCAGAUCACCUUGCAAAGAUUGCGGAGGAGAAAGCCAGAGAGGCAGAGAGCAAACGUGCAGUAAUGGAGGCCAGAUUAGGAGAGGACUUGUCAAAAGAUUCUCGGGCAAUUCUUAGGAAAGUCCAGGAUUCAGCCAUGAUGCUUCGACGAGAAGCUGAUUUAAGAAAAAGGAAUCUUGAAGCCAAGCAAAAAGCAUUAAAGGAGCCAAAGGAUUUAAACUUUAUAUUUGGGGUGAAUAUCGAACAGAGGGACCUGGACGGGAUGUUUGUGUACAACUGUUCUCGUCUCAUCAAGAUGUAUGAGAAGACUGGGCCUCAGCUGGAAGGAGGCAUGGCGUGUGGUGGCGUGGUUGGAGUUGUAGAUGUCCCAUAUUUGAUUCUAGAGCCAACACACAACAAACAAGACUUUGCAGAUGCUAAAGAAUAUCGACACUUGCUGAAAUCCAUGGGGGACCAUUUAGCUCAAUACUGGAAGGACAGCAACAUUGCCCAAAAAGGCAUAGUGAAGUUCUGGGAUGAAUUUGGAUAUCUCUCUGCCAGUUGGUCUGCGCCUCCAUCAUCAGAGCUGAGAUACAAAAGACGUCGUGCAAUGGAGAUUCCACUUACUAUUCAGUGUGAUAAAUGUCUGAAGUGGAGAACGCUGCCUUUCCAGAUGGAUGCAGUGGAUAAACGUUACCCGGACAGCUGGGUCUGUCUCAUGAACCCGGACAGCAGCCAGGACAGGUGUGAUGCACCUGAACAGAAGCAGAAUUUACCAUGUGGUGUCCUAAAGAAAGACAAACUAACAGCUGAAGACAAACAGAAAGAGCUGGCUGAGAAAAUCAAACAGCAACAGGAAAAACUGGAUGCCUUGCAGAAAACCAGCACAAUCAAAUCUGCAGCAGACAUAAAAAAACUACCACUAGAAGUCAGCAUGAAACGAACAGAAGGCUCCUCUCAGGCGACAAGGUCAUCUGAAAGAUCUAUAACUCGCCCACGCUCCCCACCGCUCCCAGCUCACCUAAAAAAUGCCCCAAGUGCUCCCCCACAGCGUACAGCUUCUCAGCGCCCCACACGAGCACCUGCACCCCCAACCCCAUCACCUAAAAGUGAACCAUCCAGGUCCAGAGCUGCAGCCAAGCCUCCUGCUCCUGCAGCAAAGUCUGCUCCCAAAACGCCUCCCCCAGGCCGCAGCUCGCGGGCUUCUGCCAAAGCAUCAUCUGUCAAGCCCGCUGCUUCAGCUCUGCGUAAGAGAAUUAUUGAGCAGGAGGAAAGUGAGGAAGAGGAGGAGGAGGAGGAAGAGGAAGAGGAGGAGGAGGAGGAGGAAGAAGAAGAUAGUGAAGAAGAACCACAGACAAAGAAAUCCAAGAUGGCAGCCGCUGCCAGUAACCGCGGUAAAGCGGUGGAGAAGGCCCCCCUGCCCAAACGCGGCAAACUGGAAGAGGUUAAAACUCCAUCUCAGCCUGAGAAGAAAGGAGUUUCUACUCCUGCACGGCAGCCUCCGUCCACACCAACCUCUGUACUUAAAUCCAUUUCCAUGCUACAGCAAGGGGCAAAAGAAAAGGGACCUGAGAAAGCAUCACAGAAGGAGCCAGAGAGCGACACUAAAAACGCACAGAAAGAUAAGGGUCUGCUGGUUGAGGUCCGUGUUAAUAAGGAGUGGUACACUGGAAAAGUAAUUGCUGUGGAGGCAAAUAAACAAACUGUUCGCUGGAAAGUGAAAUUCGACUAUGUACCAAGAUCUACCCCUAAAGACCGAUGGGUGUUUAAGGGUAGUGAUGAAGUCCGGCUGAUGCGGCCACCAUCUCCAAUCUGUCAGAUGCCCGACACCCAGCAGGAGACAGAGAAAGGCCCUGCACCCAUGGAGCCUGACACCACUCAGCCUGGAACCAGUCGUGAGGUAACCGACAGCCUGGUCUCCAUGCUGAGGACAAUGCUACGCUACUUCUUCCCUCCUGCUUUUCGAAUUCCUAAGGAUGACGUCACCAGCAUGACAGCGGAGGAGUUGGUAACGUUUCCUUUGAAAGAAUAUUUCCAGCACUAUGAGUCGGGUCUCCAGUCGUUGUGUAAUUCAUACCAGAGCAGAGCUGACGCCAGGGCCAAGGCUGUGGAGGAGAAGAGCAACAGCACUGAGCUCAAACUGAAGGAGGCCGAUGAGAAACUACAGAAAUUACGUACAAAUAUUGUAGCACUCCUUCAAAAAGUGCAGGAGGACAUUGAUAUAAACACAGAUGAUGAACUUGAUGCCUACAUAGAGGACCUUCUGACGAAGGCCAGAAACACUGCUGGACUAGCAUUAGGCAGAUCUGGAACCAUGUCGCUGUGUCCAGCCCUCCUGACCAGACAGGCAGCGGGGGGCAUCUGCAGGCUGUGGGGAGGGGCUGCUCCAACACUUGCAUCCACCAGAUCCUUCAGUGUAGCUGAGGUGGGAACAAGAAGAUCUGAUGAAGAGCUGGCCUGGGAGGCAGCAGCGGGUUACCCGCCUUUCAGCAGAGCCAGGAUCGGGGCGUUCUUUCAGGGACGGCCGGUGCUUAAGAACCCGUUUCUGGAGGAUGCCCUGCUCAGAGGAUAUCUGAAGAGACACCUGCCUGAUGAGGCAGUUUUCUCAGACUUAAGAACAUUUGGAGAGCGUGUGGCAACAGAAGUGGACGGGUGGGGUAGAGACUGUGAAGUCAACCCUCCCCGGCUGGAGCGUUUUGAUCCCUGGGGCCGGAGAGUGGACCACAUCGUGACCUCUGAAGCCUGGAAACGCAUGAAAGACCUGUCCGCAGAAGAGGGACUGGUUGCCAUUGGUUAUGAGAGAUCUUUUGGGGAAUGGAGUCGCGUGUACCAGAUGAGCAAGUUGUAUGUUUUUUCUCCCUCGUCGGGUCUCUACACCUGCCCCCUGGCCAUGACUGAUGGAGCUGCAAAAGUCAUCCAGUCCAUAGGAUUAUCGUGGCCUGUAGAAGAAGCUUACAGUCGCUUGACAACCAGAGAGCCCAAAUUUUUCUGGACAUCUGGUCAGUGGAUGACUGAGAGACAAGGAGGAUCUGAUGUAGCCAGCGGCACUGAAACGGUGGCAGUUCCCCAAACGGACGGCUCCUACAAACUACACGGCUUCAAGUGGUUCACAUCUGCCACAGACGCAAACAUGACCCUCACUCUGGCUCGAGUGCUGGACGGAGCAGGGGCGGCCACGCCGGGCAGCAAGGGUUUGUCUCUUUUUUAUGCCGAGGUGAGUCGAGAUGCAGAUGGCCAACUGAGGGGCAUAGAAGUUCAGAGACUCAAAGACAAGCUGGGAACUCGACAGAUGCCCACGGCUGAGUUACUGCUGGACGGCCUGCCUGCAUACAGACUCUCAGAGGAGGGGAGAGGUGUGGCCUCUAUAGCGAACAUGUUAACCGUAACCAGAAUCCACAACAGCGUCUCUGCAGCAGCUGCAAUGAGAAGGGUGCUCCAGUUGGCUCGUGACUAUGCCACUCGUCGCACAGCCUUUGGAAAGCCUCUUAAAGACCACCCACUUCACAUGCAGACACUGGCACGUAUGGAGGUGGAGACUCGCGGAGCCUUUCUUCUGGUGAUGGAGGUGUGUCGUCUGUUGGGCAGAGAAGAGAGCGGCCUGGCCAGCCAGCUUGAUGCAAACCUGCUUCGUCUGCUGACCCCGGUGGUCAAACUGUACACCGGGAAGCAGGCGGUAGCUGUCGUGUCAGAGGGCUUAGAAAGCUUUGGGGGACAGGGCUACAUCGAGGACACUGGGUUGCCGGGAAUUCUCCGUGAUGCACAGGUACUGAGUAUUUGGGAGGGAACAACAAAUGUUCUGUCCCUGGACGUGCUGCGCUGUGUGGCUCGUAGCUCAGGAAUGGUUCUCCACGCUUACUUUGCCCACGUCAAGUCAUUGCUCGCAGCAGCCUCAGGCACAUCCUCCCUCAGCCCAGCUGUGAACGCUGUUGGCGGCGCUUUGUCUGAGCUGGAGGAGUUUGUUCAGACAGCAGCUGCCAAACCAGUCACCUACCUGGAGCUGGCAGCCAGAGACCUGGCGUACAGCCUGGCCCGCAUCUAUGCAGGGGCCCUUCUGAUUGACCAUGCUAGCUGGAAAGGAGCCUCUUCACAAGACAGCUAUGCAGCUCUCAGGUGGUGUGAGCAGGAGUUAUGUCCAGUGGCAGCUAAACAGAGGAGAGGCUGCUAUGAUUCCAGCACUGCACCACAGGAUGCUGCACUGCACCAGCAUGGACGCGGCUCCCGGAUAAACAGGACCAUGUCUCUUCGUGUUGUUCUGCCUUUUUUCGUGGCCCUGUGUAGCCGGGGGGUUACCUCGGACUCACAGGUCCUCCGGACCCCCUCUGUCAUCGGAGUGGCCGGACAGCCCUCAACUACCACUCUAUUAACGGUGAUGCCGAAAAGCAGCAACGAUGAGUGUGACCUUGUGAUGAACCGCAGCGCUGCAGACCGCUGUGCGUUUGUGAAGCACACCCCGGACUGUGACAUGGAAGAUGGCUUCAUCAACUACCUCGAUGUGGCUUUCUGCCUGCUGCCCCCCAACCUCACACCUCUCACCAUCACUCUCUGUAUCAUAUGGCUGUUUGUGCUGUUUGUUAUUCUUGGACUUUCCGCAUCUAAGUUUUUCUGUCCCAACCUGUCAGCCAUCUCCUCAACUCUGCACCUCACCCACAAUGUGGCCGGCGUGACGUUCCUGGCUCUGGGUAAUGGAGCCCCGGACAUCUUCAGUGCCAUGGCGGCCUUCUCCCGUCCACACACUGCUGGGAUGGCUGUUGGAGCCUUGUUUGGAGCGGGCAUAUUUGUUACCACAGUCGUUGCGGGCAGCGUGGCCAUGGUCAAACCUUUUGCCGUGGCCUCCCGCCCCUUUUUGCGGGACGUCAUCUUCUAUAUGGUGGCGGUGUUUUGGACUUUUCUCAUGCUGUACAGAGGAACCACCACACUGGGAGAAACACUAAGGUACCUGAGCCUCUACGCUGUGUACGUCGUGACCGUCAUUGUCAGCGCGUGCAUCUACAAUCGGCAAAAAAAUUCCUUGAACGCCAGCUCUCAAAAUGUUCCACAUAUACCAGAGUUUCAUUCUUCCGACUCAUCCGAUGACGACGGUCCCGACCUGAUGGAUGGGACUAUACAGGAAGAGUAUGAGUCGGAGUACCGGCCGCUCCUGCCUUACACUGAGUCCACAAGUCAGAUCCUGCUCAGCUCCUUAAAUCCGGUUGAUCACAGGAAAUGGAGGAGGAAACCAUGGAGCUGGAGAGCCCUUAAAGUCCUGAGGACGCCUCUAGAGGUGCUGCUGCUUAUCUGCAUCCCUGUGGUCGACCCUGACAAAGAAGACAAAAACUGGAGGCGACCGUUGAACUGCUUACACCUGAUCACUGCUCCUGUUGUGUGUGUACUCCUCUUUCAGUCUGGAAAAUAUGGAGAUUAUAUGAUCCAGGAUCAGUUUCCUCUCUGGCUGCUAUUUUUUCUAAUGGGGCUGUUCAUGGCUGCCAUCGUUUUCUGCACAACCACCAAUGAAUCUCCCCCCAAAUAUCAUCCACUCUUUGCAUGUUUGGGUUUUUUGGUGAGUGCGGUAUUGAUCAGCGCAGCGGCCUCAGAGGUGGUUAGUCUUCUGCACAUGCUCGGGGUGGUGCUGAGUCUCAGCAACACGGUGCUCGGGUUGACUCUCCUGGCCUGGGGAAAUAGCAUCGGAGACUGUUUUUCUGACAUCACGAUUGCGAAGCAGGGUUACCCACGGAUGGCCAUAUCUGCCUGUUUUGGAGGCAUCAUUUUCAACAUGCUGUUGGGAGUUGGUUUGGGAUGUGUGACGCAAAUGGUUAAGACUCAGUCUGAUGUGCAGUUUGAAUCUGAGGGGCUGCUAACGUGGAUUCUGGCAGGAUCUCUGGGUUUGUCUUUGGUCCUGUCUUUUAUCAUUGUUCCGCUCUGCCAGUUCCACUUGGGUCGGACCUAUGGGAUCUUUCUCCUCGUCUUCUACGCCACCUUCCUUCUCAUUGCACUUCUCACAGAGUUUCACAAGAUACAUACCUGACCUGAGAGUGGACCUGCAGCCAGUCUAAAACAGGUCAUUCUCUGAUAAAGACUGUAACCUGAGGGGCUGCAAAGGGUGCAUAUGAAAUUCCUCUGCCUGCAGUAUUUAUGCACCAACACACACUCUUCUGCUCAGGGACCUCU